CAGUUCACAUCAUCUUCGAUAUGAACGAAACAGCCUCUACCACUAAAAACCGAGGUGAAAGAUAUCCUUUGAUUGGAUGCAUCGAAGUCACUGCAAUUAGCAACCGGUUUCAGGUUUCAUCCAUACCAUAACCAAAACGUAUUCUGAAUAAAUAUAGAUUAUUUUUCAAACACAAGCUCGUUGCCGGCUGUAUCGUGAGACUAAUGGAUUCAGCUAUACGUAUGGCAGUGCCCAGCGAUGCCUCACUCGCGUGAGCAUCUCAUCAUUGUUAAAGCCGUAUGUGCGUUUGAUAUCUAUUAUGGCUGCGGGAUGCACAAUAUAAGUAUUGAUAGAGACAACAUGGAUAGUGAGACGUUUCUCACGGCAUUUAUCAACCCAGGCUGAGGUUCCAUAAAACUUUUGACGAAGACUCCUGAAACAUGGGAUGUCUCGCACCGCCCUGGUGCGAUAGCUCCAGCUCACCAUGGUCGUCCUUCUCGCUGCUGUCCAUUUCAUUUGUUGACAUAAAAGGACGGGGCGGAAAGGCUUAUUUAUUUAGCGCCAAGUACUCCGUAUGUUUCCCGUCCUGCAUUUUGUUCCUCGACGGCUGGGGCUCAUAGGACCUAGCACCACACAAACCACAAGAUAAAGAUAGCGGAGACUCUUGGGGCGGAAAUGCUGUCAUGAAUGGCACUUCUUUACAACCGUGGCGCUUAGAGAGAGUCAACCGGUAUCACUGCUCUCAUGUCUGAGGGGUGUACUGUAUGUACACAUGUACACAGGGGCAUCUUUGGCCAAGCAAGGUUCUCUGUGUCCAAUCACGAUUAAUCUUUGGGCUGCGGCUCUCGUUGUGAGCCUGUGAUAGGCAUGCAUAGCUAGCUGCCUGCAAGCCAAGGGCGCUCAUCCCGCUGAUACGUGGGCAAGAUUAGCCGCCACGGAAGACUUCGUGGCAAGGCUGUAGGGGCUGAUGCUUAGUCGAGCUCCGAUCUUUAAAUAUCUCGAGGCUCACCCGCCCCUGGGGAAGAAAGGUCCUGACUCGAUGGAGUCACUGUGAAAUUCCUAGGGUAUUUGGUGAAUUUCACUGGAGAAACGCCCGAGAAAAAAAAUGCUUGUGGACGUCACAGAAAAGAUUGGCGAUGUUAUAUCACGGCGGCAGCAGUCGACGCUGGAGGAGGAGUUGCGCCAGCAACCUUCUAAUUCCGUCCGUAUCGCCUUUGCCGGCAUGAAGAAAGAUUGCGAAAAAUGGAUAGCGAAUAACCCAAAUGCUAUCACAAAACUUCCAAUCCCUCAUCAGUUUUGGGCCACUUGCACGGAAGAUUUGAACGGAUGCUCCAAUGCCAUAUAUUCCCAUGGUGGUUACGGAGAGCUUGUAAACCUUGAUACAUGGUCUUGCUUCAAGCUCAAAGAAGCCUCCAGCGACAAGAAAUAUGUUUGGUAUCAAAUGACAAUGUUCAUCAGAUGGAACCCGAUUAAACAAACUACUUUUAUCUUUUGUUCGGACUUCCUCCAAUGCCUGCGAGACGGAUUGAACCGUCGUAUAUCUUCCGUCGGCCCAAGUGACCCAUUUACCUGGCACGCUUCUUUUGUUGACGAGCUUCGGUUGUUAUACGAUAAUUUUUUUUGGAAGUUCCGGAAUUUAGUCCGCGAUGCAGAGAAGGAACGAAACGAGCCCCAGGCGACCGGGCCCAAUUUCCCAAGACUUCACGAUAUUGCAAGACAUGUGAUUCACUCAGUUGAAAUUCUUGAUGUUGCGAUAGAGACAGUGGACAGCAUCCUCCACGAACAUGACCUAUUUAUCUCAAAUGAAGGGAGCACUGUCGCUUUCCCAAUACCAGAUUUAAAAGCAAACGACGUUACGCGACGCCUGUACUAUCAUUCUAGGGAACUUCGUGCGAUUAAAGCACGAUCCGCAUCUCUAUACGAUCGACUAAAGAAUGAAAUUAGCCUUUCAUUCAACCUCGUCUCGCAAACAGACACGGCCGCAAUGAAAAUUAUAUCCGCCGUAGGCUUGAUUUUUCUCCCCGGAACAUUCAUAUCGACUCUAUUUGGCAUGAACUUCUUCGAUUUCUCCGUUGACGAAGACACGGGGAAACAAACUUUUGCCAUGUCAGAUAAAUUUUGGGUUUACUGGGCAAUAUCGCUUCCAGUGACCGCGGCAGUUUUACUGGCUUGGGUCCUUUACGAUUACUCGUACUUGAUAACCAGCAAGAUCAAAAAACCAUUAUUGGAAGAUUCCAAAUUCAAGGAGAUAUUGAAGCUUGGAUCGUUUUUCAGGAGAAAGGAAAAACAGUCCGAUGCGAAUUCGCCGACGUAGCACAGAGGAGAGAGAUUGCAACUCUGUGCUUCUAUGGCCUCCAGAUCGGUAAAGGAGGCUGCGAUCGGUAUGAAUAGUAUCACAUCAAUCUGGAGGCCCGAGAACCCCGACUGGCCCAGAUAUUUGCUAAAAACUGUCACCAUUUGGAUUUCGAGAAAAAAAAUAAAAAAUAAAUAAAAAAUAAAAAAUAAAAAAAAGACCAAAGAAAGAAAGAACAAAGAUCGAAGUUGGAUAAUGCAAGAGCGCCCAAAUUUUGGAGUGAUGUACAACGACUAUAUAUGACAAGCGGAUUACAUGGAAGCGAAUAUUUAUUUUUUCUUCUUGGAUAUUCUACGGAAGCGGGAAUUUGACCAAUUUUAUUCUGAUUUUGGAUGUCAAUUAUUUAUCUAUCUUGAGGGUUAAGCAUUUAUCUGAAAUCUAAUAUUGUCCUCGACUUUUCCGGCCAUGUUAACAUGCACCAAAUUGUACUUGUACUCUGCAUGUGCAAUACAUCAGUUCAAAAUUUAUCAGAGAAGACAUGCCAUAAUAUAAGCACAUGGAAGCAUUUUCUGUGAAUUAAAAUUCUG